AUGGAUAUGGUGAUGAAGUUGGGAGCAGAAAGUCCAGUGGUGAUUUUUAGCAACAGCAGUUGCUGCAUAUCUCACAGUAUUAAAACCCUAAUCCGAGGUUUCGGAGCAAAUCCUACAGUUUAUGAGCUCGAUAAACUUCCAAAUGGGAGGCAAAUGGAGAAUACAUUGGUUGAAUUAGGGUGUCAACUAAGUUUGCCAGCCGUGUUCAUUGGCAAGGAUUUUGUUGGUGGUUCUAAUGAGAUUAUGAGUCUUAAUGUUAGAGGCAAGCUCAAACAAUUGCUUCUAAGGGCUAAUGCUAUUUGGAUAUAGAGAUCAAUUAAU